UUCUGACCGGGACACACAUCACAGUAUGACAAGGGGCGUAACAUUUCCGUCACACGCUUGAGGCAAUCAGCCAAUCACAAAGCACUGGCCAAUCAGAGCACACCUCACUUUUCAGAACGUUGAACUUUGUAAAAAACGCGUUUAAGAAGGCAGGGCAUAGAGGAGAAACAAUAAUGUACAGUAUGUGGAAAAUAAUGUGUUUUGAACCUUAAACCACAUAAACACAUUUAAUUACACCAAAUACACAAAAUAAUGUUCUUUUUAGCAACGUCAUAUGACCCCUUUAACUUAAGUCAGGUGCGACCCCUUUAAACAUAACUGCUAAAGCCUGGUGACUCGUAUUAAAAGAAAGAAGAAGCUUUCUACAUUUACAUUUAAUCAUUUAGCAGACGCUUUUGUAUUUAUAUUUUAUAUUUCUAUCCUCCUAAAUUAUAACUGCAUGUUAGAUUUCUGUUUAUCUCUUUGCCAACUGAAAAGUGACCCCACUGUUCCCUAACAUGAAGUCCAGGCGGUAGAAGGAUCUCUAAUGAAAGUUGUUAACAUAUUUGCAGAUGUUUCCUGAGACGUUUACAUUGUUACAGUAUCUCAUGGCCACCGGUUUAUAUAAGGAUUUAAUCUGUAUGUACUAUUGAGGCCUGGCGGGUCAUUUCUACUCGCUUUGAUUUCAGAGUACUGCUUUAAACACUUAUAAUCCCUGGAUUUUUCUGCCAUUAAGUGAUGGCUUUCUGAAGGGGAGUGCUGAUGUUAGUGGAUGUGUGCACACAUACAAACACAAACUGAGCGAUAGCACCUUUAAUCCUUUCAUAUUUUCACUUGGAGAGAAGCAGUACAGACACGGUCAUGGUGGGCAAACUUGUGGAUGUACUUUUAUUAGUUGUCAGUGCAGGAGAACCUUUUCUAAACAUGCUUGACGGGUAAGUAGGUUGGGGCUAAUGCUGAUGUUUUAUAAUCAUUUAACAGUUAUUUUUUAUUAUUUAUUUAAUGCUGUUGAAUAUAAUGUUCCGUCUUCUAUUGGUAAUAAGAUGUUCAACAAAUGCCUUUAAAAAUCCACAGCUGAAAGGACCAGUGAUGUGUUCCAUCAUUAUUGCUGUGUACUUCCUCCUCCUCCUCCCCCCUCAUGCCCUGGCCCUGUGGGCCUGCACACGCUCUUGCCCUCCCAGCUGCACAUGUACCCAGGAGAAGAGCUGCAGCGUCCUGUGUGACCACGUCAACAUGAUGGACCUGCCCAAGGAAUUCCCCUGCGAGGCGUCCUCCAUCAACCUGGACAAGAACAGCAUCAAGUUUCUGUCCGAGCGAGCCUUUGGCACCCUGCCGUCGCUCAAGACGCUCUCGCUCAACCACAACAACAUCUCCUUCAUCACGCCGGGAGCGUUUAAAGGGCUGCCCAACUUGCUGGAGCUCAAGCUGGCCCACAACGAGUACAUCCGAUACCUGCACACUCGCACCUUCACGGCACUCAAGCGCUUGGUGCGUCUGGACCUCUCCGACUGUAACCUGUUCAGCAUGCCUGACCGUAUCUUCCUGGAGCAAAUCUCCCUGAAGGAACUGCUGUGCUUCCAGAACAACUUUCGACGUGUUCCCGGUGCCCUAAGGGGGAUGGAAAACCUCACGCACGUUUACUUGGAGCGAAACAAGAUCGAAGCGGUGGCCUACAACUCUUUGUUGGGCCUAACCAACCUCAAGUACCUGAACUUACAGGAGAAUCGCAUAAACGUGAUACACGAUGAGGCCUUCAACGAUCUAGUGCGUCUGGAGAAUUUCUACCUGAACGAUAAUCUGUUGGUCGACUUGCCCCAGCAGGCUUUCAAGGGCCUAAGCAACUUAAAAAUGUUGAAUCUAGGUGGGAACAUGUUGACCAAUGUCUCCAAAACAUGGUUUAGUGACCUGGUGGAGCUGGAGGUGCUGUACCUGGAUCGAAAUCGGCUGUCCUAUAUCGAGGAUGGCGCCUUUGAGAACUUGACAAGCCUCAUCACACUGCACCUCAACAGCAACAAUCUGACAUCUCUGCCCUUCUCCGUCUUCCAGCCCAUCUAUUUCAUCGGCCGCCUGUAUCUGUUUCGAAACCCCUGGGAGUGUACCUGCGACCUGGAGUGGUUGAGGGAGUGGAUGGAGAGUUAUAAGUUGGUGAGGGACAUUCCUUGUACAUCUCCGUCUUCUGUAGCUGGCUUGGACCUGAGUGAAGUUGUCUAUGCUCACCUGAACGGCACCUGUCUGGAUCCCCCGGAGCUCAACCUGACCACAUCUCUUCCUGAGAAUUCCACCGCGGAGAACAAGUUCAACAACCUCAUCUCCAAACUUCUACAGGAGGAACUGAGGGAGGAGAUGGUCAACGCCACGGAUGGUCUGAGGAACGGCACCCAGCAGGACCCUGCUGAGAGUCAGGUUUCUUCUGGACGUGGACUGUUUGGAGCACCUCAGACUGUGUUUCUUCUUGUGAUUCUUUUUCAAGUCCAGAUCGAGUGCAUUAAUGUCUCUUGAGAGUCUGGUGAAUAGCGAAAGGGAUUGAAGCGCAUCCAAGAGUGGAAGUCAUUUUCCAGUAUGGGAAAUGUUUGGGUUUGGGGCCGUGAUGAAACGUUUGAUCUAUCUUGCCAGGAGCUGUGGGUUUUCUCAUGUUGAAAAUAAAAUUCUGGCAGAUAACAUGAAGAUGGAGAUGAUCAUCUCGUUAAAUGAAUGGAAACUGGUCUUGAAGGGAAAGGAGCAUGUUUUAAGCAAAUAAGACUUUGAAGGACUUCUGUUUGUUUUGCCAAUGCAAAGGAUUGAUUAAAGUAUAACCGAAGGCCAUUUUGUGAGAACUGCAACUAGUGGCGCAAAUGUUUUUAUAUCACUAUGUUUUAUCUAGAUUUGAUUUAAAACAUUGUAAUAAUGCAUCUAUGAAUACGGUUGUACAUGUUGUGUUGCGUAACUUUGUAACAUUUGUUGUGUAGGAGAUUUAUCUGAUAAAGCUUCCCGCUAUCAUUUCACCAGAUGGCAUAACACACUGUCCUCUUUUGUUUGGUUCAUUGGGUAAGUUUCCAGUUCUGGAAAAUGCAUUAGUUCUCCUUUUCCAUAAAGCUUAAGUGCACUCAGUAAAGUAAGCUGCUUCAUAUUGUAACCAAAUGGAUUGGCUAUAUCAUGGUGUUUUAUGGUUAUGAUUAUAUAUCUUCACUAUACAGAGCACAACUUGCACAGAAGGACAAUGUCAUGCUCUGACACAGCAGCUUCCGAGCUACUAAAUAUAUGAGAUUUGUGUAAGAGACCUAGUAAUUGUGCUUUAACACUGAUUUUUGUUUGUGUGAUUGAGAUCCUUUGAUUAAAGUCACCAUGAAAUCAAAAUUUAAAAUUCUUUUUUUUUUAAAUGGAAUACUGUAGUUUUUAUUAUAAAUAAUUUAUCGUGCACUUCAAUAUUAUUAUUAUUUUUAAAUUCAUGUGCCCUGUAAUCUUUAAUGAAUAACGUUAACCUACCCUCCCCCUCAAAACGACUCAUCUUCUCUUCCGUUCACGUGCUAUGGCGCAAGGGCGGAGCUAGUGACGCGAGGGGUAAACACUGGGAUAAACAACAGGGAAAAACUGAAGCUGAUGCUUCACUUUAUAGAAAUCAAUGCAUUGACCAGUGCUGACACAAGCCAUAGGGGAGUACCCUACCCUUAAAAAUAGAAAGGAUAUUACCAUAAAAUUACUCUUUGGACAUAGCAAACCAUAUUUUUUUAUGAAUAUGACUUAACCUGAUGGAGGACGCACUCAGUCAUUCAUGCAGUCUCUCUCUCUCCCGCGCGUGAGCGAGCGCUGUUAGGUAUGUGCUGAUCGUCCUCGUCUUCCUCAAUAGAUUAAAAAAGAGAAAUCCCCCCACAACUAACUGCAAACUGGCAUUCAGAGCUGCCUCCAUUUUGUUAGCAACGCCCAACUUCCACUAUCCAAUCAAUUCCCGAAGGACGAAAUCAAGUCCCGCCCUCUCAUUUCAGAUGCCGUUUCACUCGGAUAGACGUCACAGUACAGAAAAAAAAGACAAUCGCUACUUCCGUUUCAUGGCGGCUUUAAACAAAGACCCUUACAAAAAUGCUCAAUAAAAUGACUCCCAGGUGCAAAGUUUUGAAAGUGCACUGCUCAAUCACUGGCGUUAGUUAAACAUCACAGUGCAAGUCUUAGUUUAGAGCAUUAAACUCUCAAAAUAACAAUGUUUAGAAUCAAAUCUAAAUGUCAAGAUAAAACUAUCUCAGAAAAUGCAUUCAUAAAGUUUAGCUCCUGUUUGAAACAUUAUGCUCUUGUGGUACUGCAGCAGUUAAUAAUACAACCUUAUCAGGUUAUUCACUUAAAACAAAUAAUAGUAGUCAUUUUUUUCAGAUUGAAAGUCUAUUUUUCUAUUUGUGGUGAGACUAUUUAAAUCAGUCUUUUUUCUUCAGCUAAAACUGACCAACUACACUUCAGAAACAAAGUUGUCAAUUUGUACAAGUUCACCAUUUG